AUGUCCAACAUAAAUUGGCGGACAAUAAACAUAGACGCCUACGACCCGGAGUCAGCGUUCAACUUCCCACGUUCCACCCUCCUUCCCGCAAACCUACCCGCCCCCUCAACAUCGUCUGAAUCUGCUCAAAUAGGCCAACAAGUCCGACAACUGCUUCGCGCCGGAGACAGCGUAGGCGCCCUACAGUCCGCCCUUGAGACCGCCCCUUUCGCCGGUGACGAGGGCGCAAAACAAGUCCACCUCACCACCGUGCUGGAAGUGCUGCAGGGGAUCAGACAGAGCGAUGUGAGCCGGAUAUUGGCGGAGAUGCUGAAACAACCGGGCGGCACGGCCCUGGGGGAUACACUCAUGAAGUACAUCUACAAGGGUAUGGCGAGCGGUACUGGAGGAGCUGGAGGCAAGGGAGUGAGUCCACAGGCCACAGGUUCAGGGUUCAGUCAGAUACAAUCACGAAACUUCGGAGAAGGUGGAGGCGGACAGGUCAUGAGUGUGCUGCUGAGUUGGCACGAAAAGCUGACGGAAGUAGUUGGAGUGGGUGGGAUAGUGAGGGUCAUGAGCGAUCGGCGGACGGUAUGA